UGCGACGUUCCCGGGUGCGGGAGCACGUUUACGCGGCAUUUUAAUCUCAAGGGGCACAAGCGGUCGCACAACGACGAGAAGCCGUUCCAGUGCAAGUGGCCCGGGUGCGGCAAGGGCUUCGCGCGGCAGCACGACUGCAAGCGGCACGAGCAGCUGCACUCGAACCACCGCCCGUUUUUAUGCGAGGGCUGCAAGAAGCCGUUUGCGCGGCUGGACGCGCUGAAUCGGCAC